CCGUGUACCGUCUCCGGCGACCGGAGCCGCAGCGCUGGGUCUCGACAGGGGCGAACGCGGGCCCUGGGCCGAGGCGACGACCGGGAACGCCGUCGCGUCGGCGUCGUCUCCGCCCUCACCGCCUCACGGCGCCGCCUCGUCGAGCGGCUCUUCGUCGAGCGGCUCUUCGUCGUCGACAGCCGUGGUCGUGGUGGUCGCGUCGCCGGGCCCGGGCCGGCGCCCGGGACCCGCGUGGCGACCCCCCGGAGGAGCAGGAGCGGUUGCCGUCAUCGGCGAAGGCGACCUCGAUGCCAACGUCGGCCGUGCCGUCGACAACGACGACUACGUCGAGGACGAAGGCGUCUUCGUCGAAGAGGUCCUGGUCGUCGCUGGAGACCUCGAGUCGCCUCUGCGUCGCAGCCUGCUCCUCAACGACAAAUGGCGGAGGCUUUUCGACAAGUUCGACCCGGAGGGCUUCGGCGAGAUCCCGUGGUCGGACUUCCUCCGCGCCCUGGAGACCCCGGAGUUCUGCCAGGCCGUGGGACCGGCCAAACGCGAGAUCUUAACUGCCAAGGCGCACCGGAGCCAUACGUCGGCCAUCACAUUCGACGACUUCGUGGCCGUGAUGAGCGGCAAGCGCACUCGGAGCUUUAAGAUCGCCGUGCACCGCCGAGACGAGCGCGACAUCUGGCAGCAGCAGACGCGGGCCGGAGCGGGCAACUACUGCCAGCGGCACGGCAGCCUCAGCGCUGCCACCACUCCCGGAAGGGGAUACUACGGCUGCGGCUCGUCUUCGUCGGCGGCCGACGACGAGGAGGACCCGUGGCGCCGCCCUGGCGCCGGCGCGAGGGCCGAGGGCUCCGUGUUCCGCAGCAUGGUUCGCGCCAUCGCCACCGAGUUCCUGCCGGACGGCAGGGACCGCAAGUACUACGCGGACCACUACAGCUGCCGGCCGCCGCCCCUGUUCGUCUUCGUCGUCACCCUCAUCGAGCUUGGCUUCUUCACCUACUACACGGUGACCACUGGCGCCGUCACGCCCACGGGUCCGGUGCCCAUCGACAGCUUCUUCAUCUACCGGCCCGACAAGCGCCUCCAAGUAUGGCGAUUUGUCUUCUACAUGGUCCUGCACGCAGGGUGGAUCCACCUGCUGUUCAACCUGCUCGUCCAGAUGUUGGUCGGCCUGCCCCUGGAGAUGGUCCACGGCUCCCUACGCAUCGGCACCGUCUACAUGGCCGGAGUGCUUGCCGGUUCUCUAGGCACGUCAGUGUUCGACACGGACGUCUACCUCGUCGGUGCUUCAGGCGGAGUCUACGCUCUGCUGGCGGCACACUUGGCGAACGUACUACUGAAUUACAACCAGAUGCAGUUCGGUCUCGUGAGGCUGGUGGGCGUAUUCUUAAUUGCCUCCGCUGACGUGGGCUUCGCGGUCUACGACCGGUACGCCGCCGAGCCUCAUGGGCCACCAGUAUCGUACGUGGCACACCUGACCGGUGCACUGGCGGGCCUCACCAUCGGCCUGCUGGUGCUCAAGAACUUUGAGCAGAAACUGCAUGAACAGCUGCUCUGGUGGGUGGCACUAGGCGUCUACGCGGCCUGCACCCUCUUUGCCGUGCUCUUCAACAUCUUCAAUUACUGAGCGCCGGGAGAGCAAAUGGGUCUUUAGCGUCUUGCAACUACUGUGACAGCUUGUGAGUGACCACCAUGUUGGUGCAACUUUGCGCUUGCUGGUGGAGGAGCGUUUACAUCAAGUCAACUCUCAAUUGUGCUUAAAUGGUGCGAGGUUGGGACUGAUACGCUAAAAGAUGACAUGCUAUGGCUAGCAACACUGAGUCAGCACAAGAAAAGUGUCAGCCUGUUUUAUAUGUGGAAGCAAAACUUUGAGAAUCAGCAAGAUACUGCUUCCUUACAGGCCAGAGUUGAAGAUCCCUCUGCAAGUCAACGACAAGUGUGGCAGACUCGUUGCCUUUGUUUUAAACAAAUGUAUGACCACAGAACAAACCAAAGAAAUUUGUGAAAACACCGUGAGGAUUUUUUAGUGGACUUUGCUGUGUUCCAGUGACUCGUGCAAAGAAACAAGAUAUGGAAGAGGCGUGUUGUUCAUGCUUCCCGAGGCUUUCCACAAGCAUGCAACACAAACACAAGCAGCAGGGUGUAGGCCAUGUGUCGUAGUUUGUGGACUCGUGUCAAAGCGCAGUAGAGCCAGAGAAGAACAUGGUUUUUAAUCGAUUGAAUGGCAACAAAGAAUUUCCAAAUGCAUAGAAUGCAUGUGAGCAGGCCUUUUCUAGAAUGCCACCAACACUGAAACAUUUCUCAAAAAAAAGCUCUAAACCAAAGAGUCAAUGAACUGCUUUUACCAUUUCCAGUGGCUUGAGUAAGCCUACCAUUUCCGGUGGGUUCACUAUCCCGACAGAUAGAGCACUGUAAAAGCACCGCCUCUGAAUGCAACAGCACACACUGCCGCACAAAUAGCGUGCAAGACUUCUGGAGCUAUAGCAACCAACUGUGACAAGCCGAUGAGUUCGAAAUACAAGCCCACUGCCAAGAAAAACAGUACUGCCGCAUGUCUGCUCGCAGCUCAAAUCCUGCCAUGAAAAAAAAAAAGGAAGUUAGAAAAAGGAGUCGUCGUACAAACGUGUGUUGAAGCUCCUCAGGGAUCGACGGAGACCUUCUUUUCAACAUCUGGCAGCUACAAGACAAGCAGCUGGGACUUUUGUUUACAGUACUCCAAAUGUGUCUGUGUGUGCGACUGCUGUGUACAGGGUGUGCAAACGGAAAACGAACAACAAAGUGAAUGCUUCUCCAAGAGCGUUGAGUGUGUUGUGCGCUUUGUUGACGACAUUGAAAAAGAAAGGACCCUCUUCGAACUGCAUGGGAAAAUCGAGUGGUCCUCCGCAUUUCGUGAGAAUGAGUAGCCAUUGCAAGCAAGGACACAAACUUUGCGAACUCUUGUUUCACAUCCUGCCGUACCAUUCUGGACUAGUGUGCAUGUGUGUGUUUUGCCAUGUGUGCAUUUCGAGCUCCCUCUCGCCAGACAGAAAAGUGUCUCCAAUUGCUUUGCGUGGCUUUUCUGUACAGCACCUUUUUUUUGUAAGCUCACAAACAGAUAGUCUAUAUUUCCUCAAGGCGUGCUAGCGCAGAUGGUGAGAAUAUAUUUAUUUAGGCCUUGCCCAGAUAUAUCUAUAGACCUUUUAUGACCUCAAUGUCAAUUAUAUUCCAGAAUGUAGUUAUAGAUCUGAUAAAUGAGAUGUGUUUAGAAGCGGCAUGCUGUGUAUAUUUUAUUUAUUUAUGAAUUUGGUGCUACGUAUGGCCUUUUUUUUUUUUUCAAGUGCUUAUUUGGAAUGCUCUCUGCAGGCAUAAAUGCAAGUGCUUCGAUUCCGCAUCCAAGUUUAUUGUGUUAUUCUUUCCAACAUGAACAACUAUGUAACCACAAUGCUGAGAGUGUUAUAAUCAGGUUUAAUUGCUUAAUUCUCAUUUGACAUGAUCAGACUGCACAUUCUAAUAAUCAUAAUAUGAACAAGAUUGUGUAGCCAUUCUAACAAAUCGCUAUAGUGCUCAUCGAGCUGCAACUUCUAAAUAGCACGAAUUUAUUGUCGCGCAUCCUGAAGAGUGGUUCUUACAAUUUAGAUUCACAUUGAUAUUUUUGUUCUAUUUAUAUUUUCGCUUCAACUUUGCCUUGCUCACGCCCACAACGCCAGUUACCUCAGUUUACCCUUUGCGUGGCUUAGCACUACCAUGCAACAAGGAAAACUUAAAGUGUGCAAAGCUGUCUCAAACAUCAUUCGGAAGUGGCACAAGUGCAGAUUCCUGUUCUUUAAAGCAAAAUGUUGGUGCAUCUAGCACCUCGCACAUGUGACCUCCCCUUACUGUCCUAAUGUGGCAACUUGAUAAGUACAGAUAUCCGCAAAACCAACUAGAGCGGCAUUUGUCUCGGGUUCCAGGUUUUCCAGGCACGUUGAAAUUCUCACCAUGCAAAGGCCUGCGUCGUGUCGCUCGAAGUGGCGCUUGUAACCGAAUGUGCUUACCUUGCACUUCAGAAAAACAAUGCUUAUCAAGUCUGCCACGUCAGCCUCGGUUAACAACUUGCUGCUGGACAAGUGCCAAGGUGUUAGUGUGUCGCACCUACUGCUUCCGCCAUCCGUCAGGUCGCGGAAAAUGUGACCAUCCACAGCUUAUUGCACAGAUAUAUUACUUUCAUUGUCACAACCAUUCCGUAGAUGUUGGUGCAAGCAAGCCAUGGGCCUCGCAUUUUUUGCGUUGCUUUUCUCUAGCAGUGGCUGAAUAUAACGCACGUUUUUCUUGCGUCAGAAGCCGCAGUUUUCACAAGUUUCGGCAGGAAUCUAAAAAAAAAUGCACACGUUGUCGCUCUCCGGUACGCAUUGGCCUUGUUUGCUGCUUGGUACACAGGAGACGACACGAGUGUUCACCGGUGUAUAUAAAAGAGCACCGCAUGGUCCGUUUGUUUCAGCGCACAUUCCGUGAUGUUCCAUCAGCACACUGUUCUUUACUUAUGUAGCCAAAGCACUUUUUUUUUCUUUGCAAAUUGUGUCAUUCCCUUUCCUGAGAAAGUCGGACAUGGCCGCUUCCAAUGGGUUCGUGCACAGAUUGAUGUGAGCCCGCGUCACAAACUUCCAGCACUGGUUGAAAUCGCCCGACACACCAUUUGUGCACAGUCAGUACCACAACUGUCUAGAACAUCUAGCUGUCUUAAUUAGGCUUAUCGACUGCUGACGUAAAGACAGGAGCCCUAAUAGUGCUCAUCGCACCCUCAAAAGAUAACACCUGCCACAGUUUUGAGGGUGGCAGCCAUGUUUCUCAUUGGACGCAUUUCUCACUCCACCUCUAAGUUAGUGACAAUCACUAAUAUUAAUUUGAACACCUCAUUGCUUAGCACAAGCUCUGCAUAUGUAACUUCAUAGAAUAACUGUUCACAGCUAUUUCUUAUUAAAGAAUGGAUAAUCGUAAGUUUGCUAAGAGUUAUAUGCGUAGUGGCUUGAGACCAGGAUUACACAUCGAAUAUCCACAACACUGCCAGGCAUCUACGAUGUCCCAGGCACUUUUGGCACUGACUGUGCCUGCACAUUGUUGCUAGAGUCACAUGCAAAAAAAAAAGCUGCUUGUGCGCUGUAUAACCUGUUCUUCCUCCUUUUACCUGCGGUGUGGCCUUUGACAAAAAAAAGAUGUCACAUCCUGUGCAGCAGCAACGUGUGUCGCUAUAUGACCCCACUGUCAUUCCACAUAUUUUUUUUUUCUUCUUAUAGGCGGCACUAACACCGACACUGUGUCACCUUGUAUGUGUCCAUUUUAGUCUGUUCGCGUGUGUCGUGUUUGUACAGCUGUAGAUGAGAGAUUCUUUUUUUAAGCCAUUGUACAAAGUAAUUUAUUUGAAAAAACAGAUUUGCAACUUUAUUAAAGUGUUUUCUUUUGUUCCCUUUA